ACAGGCUGCACUGGAGUUAACGCGCCUGAUCCGAUAAAACUAACAACAUCAAUCAAGUGUAUAGGAAAUACAACACAAGCAUUGAUUUUCUCUAGAAACACAAAGGAUUUUACAGAACAACAUUAUUUAUACAGAACUGAAGGCAUAUGAAUCUUUUUGACUGCUGAAAGUAUACAGUGACAUUUGUACACAUUAAUAUUUGCUCAAUAAUGUGUAAUGGUACUAUGUUUGUUAGAUCCGCGAGACCUCAACUUGAAUUAAUUGAAUCAGAUCAACGUUGAGCUAGCAGCUCUAAACAUAGUAUCAGGGAUGCCAUAUAAAUGGAGAACUCAAUACAUGAAUACGGAUAUAAGGAAGAGGAUUGUCGACCAACAUCAUAACUGAAGUAGGCUUGAUCAUCAGAUAUAUACAACUGGGAGUGACAGUUUUUCGAAACUAGACCAUUUUCUUGGCAAUAAAUUCAACAUUGGUACGUUGCCAUCGUUUCCAAAACUAUGUCACAAUGACAAUUGACAUAUAGUCUGACGCCUGAAGAGAAUUCUGAACUCUGUCUAUACCAUCAACUGAUAUGGCUCCCGAGAAACAAAAGAAGGAAGACAACGUUAAUACAGAUACCACUUCAGAGGGCGACUCUAGUACUAGUGACACCCAGACCCCGGGGUAUGACAACCUACCAAUGCCAUUAGAUGGAGGCUAUGGGUGGGUGAUCGUAUUUGCCUCGUUUGUGAUACAAGCCCUGCAAGAUGGUAUCUGCAAUUCAUACGGUAUAUUCCUGGAGCAUAUAGUGGCCGAGUAUGGUGGGGGACGAGGGAAAACGGCGCUAGCGGGUUCUUUGCUGGUCGGAGUAUUUCUCAUGAUAGGACCUUUGGCAGGUAUACUUGUGAAUAUAUUUGGUUGCCGGCCAGUGGCUAUGGCUGGUGGCCUCAUAGGUGCAUGCGCCUUUGCGCUCUCUACUCUUGCACCAGGGCUGGAUGUUUUUAUACUAAUUUUUGGUGCAAUAGGUGGAAUCGGUCUGGGAUUUGCGAUGAUUCCAAGCUUUCUUUGCGUCAGUUUCUACUUCCAAAAGAAACGAUCCUUGGCGACGGGAAUCAUGAGUGCAGGAGGAGGUUUCGGCAUGGUCGUGCUGUCGUUUGUCUUUGCAGAAUCUCUGAACACGCUCGGUUGGAAAAGCUCAAUGUUUAUAGCUGCUGGCCUAUAUGCUCAAGUUAUAGUCCUGGGGGCCUUAUUGAGACCCCUUGAGCUCAAUAAGAAUGCCGAUACAGUUUCAAAAUCAGACUCUAGUGCCGGGAGCUCCGUUCAAAAUGCGAACGACACAACACCCAUGAUCAGAUCCGAGAGUCAAAACCAUGGCGAUGUACACCUUGAAAAUACCAUUUUUCCAAACAAAUCAUUAUUUAGAACGCUCAUGGAGAGGAAGGAGGGUGAUUUCCUCAGCCCUAUUCCAGAUGAAUCUCCCAAGUCAGAUAAAGAUACCCUCCAAAAAGAUAGCGAUAUAGUAAAAUUAACACAGUCUCUUCCAGAUGUCUCUGUACGAAACUCGAAAAAGCAAAAAUGGACAAAUUCGCAAUGUGAUCAAGACAUAGGCCACCAUAAAGAAAAGUUUCAAACAACAAAAAGUUCGAAGAGUCACUUUGAUGGCCUGAACCAUCCCUUUGUCCGAAAGAAAGAGGCCAGUCGUGCAAGAAAUGAGAACAUUCGACAUAUUGACAGGUCAUUGACGCAUCACCGAGCACAGAAACACCACAUUACACCUUUAUCAAGGAAAGAUAUAUUUUAUAGUGGUAGCGUUAUGUCCCUUAAACAGUACAAAGCCCAACCGAACGAACUUGCCUAUAUCAAAAGCGUGACCACUCUGGUCUCAGAAGAUGAGCCAUAUGAUGACUUAAAUGAACAAACUAUGAAAUGUAUUCCUGGUGUGUUUAAACAAACUUGUUCACAAGUGUUUGACUUGUCCAUUUUGAAAAAUCUCCCAUUUUUGCUGAUCCUGUUGGCCAGCGUUAUGAUCCAACUUGGAUAUUUUAUACCUAUAUACUACAUAGUGGCGGUGUCAAGCAAGAUAGGAGUGGAGAAGACUCAAACUGCUCUACUAGUCUCGCUAAUUGGUAUUUCAAAUACAGUCGGUCGGGCGGGUGCCGGCUGGUUGGCAAAUCUUCGACAUGUGCGCCCACUCCAUGUGAAUAACAUCUCCCUCAUCUUGGUAGGUGCCAUCACGAUCUUUGUGCCAUUCAUCAACUCUUACGGACUCCUGGUGGCAUAUGCUGUUGCUUUUGGCUUACUUAUAGGCGCUUUUGUUCCAAUCUCCGUGAUAUUCUUGGUCGAGUACCUAGGCUUAGAGAAGCUGACCAGUGCAUUCAGCGUACUGUCUCUCAUUAGAGGUGCAUCCAGCAUGGCAGGUCCACCAACAGCAGGGGCAAUAUAUGAUGCAACCGGAAGUUAUGAGGUGUCGUUCUACCUGGCAGGGGGGCUUUUCAUCUCUGCUGGAUUACUCCACUAUCUUCUCCCAGCAGCCGACAGGAUUACCAAUAGCAACAUGUCCACAUCUGUAAAAGAACUGAACCUUGAAAAUGGAUUACCUAUUAUUGAAGAAGACAAAACCCCAUUGAAUUAAAGACACAAUGACAUACAGUUUUGAACAAGGAACAGCCAAGUCUGACUGACUGACAAAUUACUGACAUAUUGCAUGUGAUGGGGAUGCUGAUGAUAACCACAGAAGACAUUUUGAAAAGUCUGGUAGUUAAUUAAUAUUAUAUAUUGCCCAUGGUCAUUUGACGUCUGUAAUGGUGGUUACUUGGAACAAAAUGCACCAGAAAUGUACCAGAUGUACGGCAUGAUGUAUUCGGUGAUAGAUUUUAACAACCCAAUACUGAACGUAACAUUGCUUGGAUGUAACUUUGUAUCUGCUGCAGUAGACUUAAAAUAUUUACCACAAAUGUAUUUACAAUGCAGUUUGCCUUUUAAUCAUCUCAUGUACAUGUACAGUCUAUUAUGGGUAAUUGUCAUAUACAGUAACAUGGGGGUUAUCAACAGAAACUUCGUCAUUACGAAUUCGUUUAUCAAUUGUUGUAACCAUGGAUA